AAAACGCCAUGUUGCCGAGGAUUCUUGGUAUGCGUGUCUGUUUAAUACGCGCGCUUGCCGCAAUAGAACGACGCGAUGGCGAUUGCAGGGACCUAGGUUGGUCACUAUGCACCGCGCAAUUGACGCUCGGCACCUCCAGUUUAUGGUACCUGGCGGUACCGGUUCAACGUAGCGGCUACCCCCAGCGGAGCCUCGGCUGUGAUGAACGUGCAUGUUUUGCCUAGCAGGAGUAUCGAAAACUCUCGCUUUGUGUGCCAUGCAUCUUGGUCCCCUCGCCUCGUAUAAAAGCACCUGCUGAAUUCUGGACGAGGAGCAGCGGCACCGACGCCUCUAAUCUUCUCUUCCUCUUCUCUCCAAAACUUGUUCAGCAGCUAGACCUAAAUCCCUUUAAUCCACUCUUACAAUAUGUCUCACGUCGCCGAACUCAAGAACCUCUACCUCACCAAGGAGAACAACGAGCUCGUUCUCAAGCAAGGUGCCAACCCGCAUGCCACCGAGCACGCCAACAAGCACGUUCUCAUCAUUGGCGGUGGUGUCACCGGUCUUACCAAUGCUUGGGCUCUCCUCGACCAGGGCUACUCGGUUACGGUCAUCUCUGAUAAGUGGGCGUCCCUCGAGGACCGCAUCACCUCUCAGAUCGCCGGUGCUCUCUGGGAGUGGCCCCCUGCUGUCUGCGGCAGGCACACCGACCUCAUCUCCCUCAAGCUUUCCAAAGUAUGGUGCAUGACCGCCUACCGUGUCUUCCAGAAGCUACAGGAAGUCCUCCCUGCCGAUGGCGAAACCGGUCACGGUAUUCGCAUGCGCACCGCCAACUUCUUCUUCGACAAGCCCAUCGAGGAAAACCAGGAAGAGUACGAGAAGAUGGUCGAGAUUGAAAAUGCCAAGAUCCCCGGCUUCGAGCGCGACUCGCUCCUGGUCACCAAGCACGCUGUCAGCCAGGAGGCCGGUGUCGUCGAUGCCUAUAAGCACACCACGCCCGUCGUCGACACUGACGCCUACAUGCUUUGGCUCCGCUCCGUUGUUGACGCCAAGGGCGGCAAGUUCGUCACGCACCACAUCUCGGGCGACCUCCUCGAGCAGGAAGACGCACUUCUCCAGGUCUUCGGUGCCCAGUACAUCGUCGAUGCCACAGGCCUCGGUGCCUUCGAGGCUGCCGGUGACAGGACUGUCUACCCCCUCCGUGGUGCACUCAUCCGCCUCGUUAACGACGGCACCAAGUUCCCGAAAGUAAACGAGGCGCUCGUUGUUGCGCACGACUACGCCAAGCGUGACGAUGACGGCGGCAUCGUCUUCAUCGUUCCUCGCAACGACAAGACCCUCAUCCUCGGCGGUAUCGCCCAGGCAAACGAGGGCAACCUCGAUCUGACCCUCGAAAGCCCCGAGAUGAAGCGCAUGCGCGACAGGUGCAACAAGUUCGUGCCGGGCCUCGAGAAGGCCGAGCUGGACCCGCACUCGCCGAUCGUGCAGGGUCUGCGCCCCGUGCGUGGUGAGAACGUCCGGGUCGAGCGUGAGCUGCGCAAGAAGGCCGACGGCUCGCUGAGCAAGAUCGUGCACUCGUAUGGCCAAGGCGGCUCUGGCUUCACACUCUCCUUCGGCUGCGCUGGCGACGUCCUCAAUCUGAUUGAGGAAGCCGAGCACAACACCCCGCCCACUCCCCUCAAGGCUGACCGCAGGACCAUGGUUGUCCGUCACUGAACAGCUAGGCGUGGACCGCAUUUAAAGUAGGAUGAUCACAGAUCGUAGAGACAAUUUUAAUCCCUUGAUUCGUGUAAAACACUUAGUAUCUACGAACCUGCUAGUAAACUCUGUUAGCUGCUGCUUGUAAUUGAUAGCCUAUUGCGAA